AUGGACGCGCACAUUUCCGGGAACAAAACAACCUCCGAAAUCGAGAGCAACCCCGACUUCUUUUUUCUCGUAUUCAAAUGCGUCAUUUUGAUCGUGACCCUAGUUGUGGGGUUACCCGGCAACGUGUGGGUGUGCUGGGUCGUUUUCCGAACCAAGUGUCUCCAAACGAGCAACAACGCGUUGCUGGUCAGCUUGGCCGCCAGUGACAUCCUGAAGUGCUCCGUGGACACCCCGCUCUUGCUCGUCUCGUUCACGAGAUCCGUGGAAGGCGGCCGGCUGCCGCUGUGCAUGUGCGCCCUGCAGCAGUUCACCUGGGCCUUGUGCAGCUGUGUGCAACUGCUCACGCUGGCCAGCAUCAGCGUGGAGCGCUACCAAGCUAUCUCCUUCCCUUUCCACACCGAGCGGAGGAGAGCCCGGGUUCGCCUCUGGAUCCUCUUGAUAUGGCUAUGCGGCCUCGUAUUGGCCGUCGUCGCCUUGAUGCUCUCUAAGCAAUCGCUCUUUUACGCUCACUGCCGGCCACCAGCACCUGUCAAUGGCGGUCACCCGGAUCUGUUCGGACCUUACGUUUUGGUACCCAUAUGGGGGUUGUCUUUGAUUGUCAUCGUCAUUCACUACGGGCGAAUCAUCAAACUGGUGAGGCAGCACCGAAAGAAAGUGUUCAGUCGAGGUAUUCGAGUGAUGCCCACGGUUUCCGCGCAGGUCUGGAGCUGGCUGGGCGAGCCGGCUUCAGAACCACAGUCAGCGACGCCGCUGGUCUACUGCAAACCGCUUGCCGCGCGCCGGGCAGUGCACUCCGUGUCCGGGGAGCAGUGCUCGGGCUUCGUGUCCGGCGGACCCCGCAGGGCACUCCCGGAGAUCGUAGGAGCGGUGUGUCUUCGGACGCCUGGAGCCAGAGAGCGAGGGAAGAAACAGGUUGAGGGCAAACUGGCCAAACGCUUUGGGUACAUUAUUAUCGCCUUCACGCUCUUUUGGCUCCCCAUGGUGGUCAUUUUGCUCAUGAAUCACCUCAUCACACGGCCGGACACCGACAGAUUACUGUUGGAGAUGGAGACAUGGGCUAUGGUGCUGACCUGCGUGCAAGCUGCUGUGGAUCCGCUCAUCUACACUGUGGUUACCAGACAGUUUCGCUAUGAACUCAGAAAGAUGUUCUUGUCCAUCCGGAAGUGUCGGCUGAAAUCGGUCCACUGA